AUGACGUGCCUGACCGUGGGUGACGCGCUCCUCCUGGGUGGCUUGGUCAUGGGGUCUGCUGAGAUGGGCGCGGCCUCAGAGCCGGGGGAGAACCAGAGCGAGUCCAGCGUCAGUGUGGACAGCUCUCCUCGCUCAGGAACCCCGACACCGACUGUUUACCUGCAGGAGGUGAACGUCGACUUCGAAGCCUACGCCAUCUCGGCUAACGAUCGCGACGGAAUCAGGAAGCUGCUGCAGCAGCUUUUCCUCAAGGCUCCUGUGAACACGGCCGAACUGGCAGAGCUCUUAAUUCAGCAGAACCACGUUGGGAGCGUGAUCAAGCAAGCGAAUGCUUCAGAAGACAGCGGUGAUGAGACAGAUGAAGACGAGGUUUUUGGCUUUAUUAGUCUCUUCAACUUAACUGAGAGAAAGGGUACCCAGUGCGCGGAGCAGAUCAAAGAGUUGAUUCUGAGCUGCUGUGAGAAGAACUGUGGGAAGAGCGUGGUUGAGCAGCUGGACCAGCUCUUGAGCGACGCCGCCAAGCCCGUGGGCUUCCUGCUGAGCGAGCGCCUCAUCAACGUGCCCCCGCAGGUUGCCCUGCCCAUGCACCAGCAGCUGCAGAAAGAACUGGCUGAGGCGCAGAAGACCAACAGGCCCUGCGGCAGGUGCGCCUUCUACCUGCUGAUCAGCAAGACCUUUGUGGAAGCGGGAAAACACUCCGGCAAGAAGGGGCUCCCCCAGCACGGAGGCGGGCUGCUGUUCGCGAACGCAGAGGAGGAAUUCUUCUACGAGAAGGCGGCCCUGCAGUUCAGCUACUCGGUGCAGGACGAGAGCGACACACGCCUGGGAGGCGGGUGGGCCUUCGACGACGUGCCGAUGAAGCCCCUGCGGACGGUGAUGCUGGUCCCCAGCGACAGGAUGGACGCGGUCAUGGAGAAGCUGAGGGAUUACCUGUCGGUCUGACCGCUGCCCCGGCGCGGGCUUGUGUUUGCGAAGUGACCAGAAAACCGAAGCUUUUACUGGAAAACUCAUGGCUUUAUUCAGAUUAAGGUCCUCUACAAAACGUAGGGUCUGUCACCUGUGUCUGUGACACGUUACAAAAUACUUUCAUUUGUUCAAAUUAUGAAUGUUUGAUUAAAAACUCUUCAAUAAAAAGAAAAACAUGAACAGUAAUGUAAAG